GCCCCGGCGCGGCGCUCGCUCUCCUGCGCGCCCUCCGCACUAGGAUGUUGCGGCAGGUCUUGCACAGGGGGCUGGGGACGUCCUUCUCCCGGCUCGGCCACUUCGUCGCCAGCCACCCGGUGUUCUUCGCCUCGGCACCCGUGCUCAUAUCCAUCCUGCUGGGCGCCAGCUUCAGCCGCUACCAGGUGGAGGACAGCGUGGAGCACCUCCUGGCCCCCACGCACAGCCUGGCCAAAAUCGAGAGGAACCUGGUGGACAGCCUCUUCCCGGUGAACCGCUCCAAGCACCGGCUCUACUCCGACCUGCAGACGCCUGGGAGGUACGGCCGGGUGAUCAUCACCUCCUUCCGCAAGGCCAACAUGCUGGACCAGCACCACACCGAUCUCAUCCUCAAGUUGCACUCUGCAGUGACCAGGAUCCAAGUUCAAAGACCUGGUUUCAAUUACACGUUUGCCCAUAUAUGUAUCCUGAACAAUGACAAGACAUGCAUAGUGGACGACAUAGUGCAUGUACUGGAGGAAUUAAAGGCUGCUCGUUCUUCUAAUCGAACUAAUUUUGCAAUCACUUACCCGAUUACUCACUUAAAGGAUGGCAGGGAAGUGUACAAUGGGCAUCAGCUCGGUGGGGUCACUGUGCACAGCAAGGACCGGGUGAAGUCUGCAGAAGCCAUUCAGCUCACCUACUACUUGCAGGCAAUCAACUCCCUGAAUGACAUGGUGGCAGAGAAGUGGGAGUCCAUUUUUUGUGACACUGUUGAACUUUUCCAGAAAUCCAACAGGAAAGUCAAAAUGUACCCUUUCACUUCCUCUUCGCUGAAGGAGGAUUUCCAGAAGACAAGCAGGGUGUCAGAACGCUACCUGAUCACGAGCUUGGUCCUUGUGGUCACCUUGGCCAUUCUCUGCUGCUCCAUGCAGGAUUGUGUCCGCAGCAAACCCUGGCUUGGCCUGCUGGGAUUGCUGACAGUGACCCUUGCCACCCUGACUGCUGCUGGGAUCAUCAAUCUCACUGGUGGGAAAUACAAUUCCACCUUCCUGGGAAUCCCCUUCGUCAUGUUAGGUCAUGGGUUGUAUGGGACUUUUGAAAUGUUGUCCUCCUGGAGAAAAACUAGAGAAGACCAACAUGUUAAAGAGAGGACUGCAGCUGUAUUUGCAGACUCCAUGCUCUCGUUUUCUCUCACCACUGCCAUGUACCUGGUCACUUUUGGAAUAGGUGCCAGUCCCUUCACUAACAUUGAAGCAGCCAGGAUUUUCUGCUGCAAUUCCUGUAUUGCAAUUUUCUUCAACUACCUCUAUGUACUCUCCUUUUAUGGUUCCAGCCUGGUGUUUACUGGCUACAUAGAAAACAACUACCAGCAUAGUAUCUUCUGCAGAAAGGUACCAAAGCCAGAGGUAUUGCAAGAGAAGCCUGCAUGGUAUAGGUUUCUUCUGACAGCCAGAUUCAGUGAGGACACGGAUGAUUCAGAGGAAACGAACACUUACGAGAGUCAUCUUUUGGUGUGGUUCCUGAAACGCUAUUAUUGUGACUGGAUAACAAACACUUAUGUCAAGCCUUUUGUAGUUCUCUUUUACCUUGUUUAUAUUUCCUUUGCCUUAAUGGGCUACCUGCAGGUCAGUGAGGGGUCAGACCUGAGCAACAUCGUAGCGACCGCGACUCGGACCAUCGAGUACACGACUGCCCAGCAGAAGUACUUCAGUAACUACAGCCCGGUCAUUGGGUUCUACAUCUACGAGUCCAUCGAGUACUGGAACACCAGUGUCCAGGAGGACGUGCUGGAGUACACCAAGGGCUUCGUGAGGAUAUCUUGGUUUGAGAGCUACUUAAAUUACCUUAGGAAACUCAACAUAUCUACUGGAUUGCCGAAGAAGAAUUUCACUGAUAUGUUGAGGAACUCCUUCCUGAAGACCCCUCAGUUUGCCCAUUUUUCAGAGGAUAUCAUCUUUUCCAAGAAGUACAACAAUGAAGUUGAUGUUGUGGCCUCCAGGAUGUUCUUGGUGGCCAAGACAAUGGAAACCAAGAGGGAAGAACUUUAUGACCUCCUGGAGACCCUGAGGAAGCUCUCUCUCACCUCCAAGGUGAAAUUCAUCGUUUUCAAUCCAUCAUUUGUGUACAUGGAUCGUUAUGCCUCUUCAGUGGGAGCCCCCUUACAAAACUCCUGCAUUAGUGCUUUAUUUCUGCUCUUCUUCUCUGCAUUCCUGGUGGCAGACUCCCUGAUCAAUGUCUGGCUCACUCUAACUGUUGCCUCGGUUGAAUUUGGAGUUAUAGGUUUUAUGACCUUGUGGAAAGUGGAACUAGAUUGUAUUUCUGUGUUGUGCUUAAUUUACGGAAUUAAUUAUACAAUUGACAACUGUGCUCCACUGUUAUCAACCUUUGUCCUGGGCAAAGAGUUCACAAGAACUAAAUGGGUGAAAAAUGCCCUGGAAGUGCAUGGGGUAGCUAUUUUGCAGAGCUACCUCUGCUAUAUUGUUGGUCUGAUUCCUCUUGCAGCUGUGCCUUCAAAUCUGACCCGUACACUGUUCAGGUGCUUGUUUUUAAUAGCAUUAGUCACCUUCUUUCACUGCUUUGCCAUUUUACCUGUGAUACUGACUUUCCUGCCACCCUCCAAGAAGAAGAGGAAAGAGAAGAAGAAUCCUGAAAACCGUGAGGAAAUAGAGUGUGUUGAAAUGGUGGAUAUGGAUAGCACCCGAGUGGUUGACCAAAUUACAACAGUCUAACUUGAUUUGUUGGUUGCUUUUUUACACUAGGUCUUACUGAGAAAAAAAAAAGAAACCAGUACUGACUAAAUGUGUGGGGACAGGAAGAUUGGAGGUUUUCCCCUCCCUCCUCAAAGCUAAAUCCAGGAAUAUUCAAAAUUAUGGGAGAAAUUAAAAAUAAAUUAAAAAAAAAAAGCAAGAGCUGGGGUAUUGUACCUUGCUCAGUUCCUGUAACAGGUAAUAUGGGAGAAUUUGCACACCCAUGCAAAGAGAGGUUAAAUUUUAGAUGCAUGAAGUAAGAUCUAAUGGAAGAAGUUGGGUUCUUAAGCAGUCGUCUGCAUCGCCUGUACUGCAGAUGCUGCAAUUAUUGUGGCUAAACCAAAUCAUGUUGAAAGGUCAACUGUCAAGGCUGAAGUAGCACUAAAUGUUCGCUGGAUGUAAAGGCUUUACAAACUUUCUGCACAGCAAUAACUCAAGUCAGUGAGUCAGCUCUUAUAAGUCUUUGCCAUCACAUUUAAUAUUUCUUUUCUCCCCUAAUCUAAACAUUUAUGCAAGACUAUAUAAAAAAUAGCAAACUGUACUGGGAAAGAAGGCAGUACACAGCAACCAAGUGCUUUCCAAACACCUUUAUGUUAUGAAUCACUUUUUUUUUUCUAAAAGUAUCAUUAUUUUAAAAUUGAAAUCAUCCCUUGUAACAUUUUUAAUCAUGGUUUUAUAGCUGUUUGUUUUUCUUAUAAAAACAAAAAAGAACAAAAAAAAAAAAGGAACAAAAAAAUCCAUGUGACUCUGUCACUCUAGAAAAUAUAUAAGUCUAUUUUGUACAUGUCUCGCUACUAGUUAAACAUGUAAUCUGCUUUACCAACUGUAAUUUUGUUAGCACUCUACUAAGACAUGUGAGCGGAUCUAGCAGCAGACAGAAGAUGGUGUACUGAAUAUUUCAGCACCAAAAUCCAUGAUACAAACCUCAAAUACUAAAAUGUCAUCGAGAAAGUGAAUGUUAGGGCUCUUUUAGUGAGAGCCUAUUUCAGGCCAUUCACUGGUAAUGCACACUAAGAGGAUUAGUGGGUAGUUUUACAUAAUGUAUAACUUAAUCCCUCAAUCUUCCUAGAGUACCUGUAAAGCAAUAGACCCUGCAGCUAUGGGCUCUUCCAGGAGACAGUAGACAGUAAGAUUUGAGUGGAACAAACUGAAGGUUGGGUCUGUGGUUUAGCAACAGCAAGUUCAACAACGUCCCCAAAGAGCCCAUGUCUUAGGGGCCUAUUGAAAACAUCACAUGUAAGAGGGAAAAAAAAAAACACCCAAAAAAACCAACUUAAAAAGAUUACAUUACCAAGUCUUUUUGGAGCCAUGAGUUCUAAAUCAAUAAUUCUGUCAGCAUCUGUGAUGUGGAGUAAAACAGAUAAAGCAGCAUCUCUUCCCUCCUCCACCCCCUCCACCCUUAAGAGCGACAGGCUCAUUGCUGUAAGGUUUUAUCAUGUGGUUGAACCCCAGUGGGGAUAUGUAAGCCAAUUCUGUAGGUUUUGCUGAGAGUAUUCUGACCAUACAUUGCCUGUGAUGCCCCAGUGGCAGGAGCUGGCUGGUGUGUGUCGGGUGGGUUCGUAUGGACUGUUGCUUUGUGGUGCAACAUGAAUGUAUUCCAAUCAGACUCCCUUCUGCAGCUCAUCUGGAAACUAAGAGCACUUGAAAGGUUUUCA